UUCAGCAUCCCUGGCUGUGGGAUAUGUAGAUUCACUUCUACCUGAGAAUCCUCUGCAGGAACAAUUUUAAAAUGCUUGGAACUAUAUGUUGAAUAAUUAUACAAAGUUCCAGAUUGCAACAUGGGGAUCCCUCAUAGUGCAUGAGGUCCUUUAUUACUUGCUCUGUUUACCUGGAUUUUUGUUUCAAUUUAUACCUUACAUGAAAAAGUACAAAAUUCAAAAGGAUAAACCAGAAACGUGGGAAAAUCAGUGGAAAUAUUUUAAAGUACUUCUCUUUAAUCGCUUUUGUAUCCAGCUUCUUUGAUUUGUGGAACCUAUUAUUUUACAGAGUAUUUCAAUAUUCCUUAUGAUUGGGAAACAAUGCCACGAUGGUACAUGCUUUUGGCAAGAUGCUUUGGCUGUGCAGUGAUUGCGGAUACCUGGCACUAUUUCCUGCAUAGGCUCUUAAACCACAAAAGAAUACAUAAGCAUAUUCAUAAAAUUUGUCAUGAGUUUCAGGCUCCAUUUGGAAUGGAAGCUGAAUAUGCACAUCCUCUGGAAACCCUAAUUCUUGGAACUGGAUAUAUCAUUGGAAUCAUGCUUUUAUGUGAUCCUGUUAUUCUUCUUUGGGCCUGGAUGACCGUUCAUUUGACAGAAACUGUUGAUGUCCAUAGUGGUUACGACAUUCCUCUCAACCCUUUAAAUCUCAUUCCUUUCUAUGCUGGGUCUCAGCAUCACGAUUUCCACCACGUGAACUUCAUUGGAAACUAUGCUUCGACAUUUACAUGGUGGGAUAGACUUUUUGGAACAGACUCUCAAUUUAUUGCCUACAAUGAGAAGGUGAAGAAGGUUGAGAAAAAGACUGAAUAAACAUCUCACAUAAAUCUUCCUGAAGUUACACAUUUCCUGAAUUGAAGCUCAUAGCUAACAUUGCUUCUGGGGAGUGGAAAUAAACAUGUGUCUUGGUUGCUAAGUGAUAAAAAGAACAUUAACAACUUUUAAUUAUCUCCCUAGUGGGAACUUUUAUAUGUUUAAGUACAGUUUCCCUGAGGAAGCUUUAAAGGCCAUGUUGCUAACCUUACAACAAAGGAUUUAAGUAAUGGAAGGAAUAUUAAUGUAUGUCUUUUCCCCAAGUUGUACCAUAGGCCUGAAGCUGAAAUUGGUCUUCAAACCUUCUAAAUAUAUAGUGGCCAUUUCAAGAACUCUUAGUAGUAUUGAACUUGUAAACACUUUUUUGGAAUUUGCUUAAAGAUCAAAUGCCAUGGGUUGAACCACACCAAUCUGUAUAGUGUGAGUGAAUCCUGACUCUGAAAUAGCCAGCACUGGGAAUUUCUACUCUUAUCUGGAGCUGACCAGUUUGGGGUGAUUCUCUUUCUUUGAGAAGUCCUUUUUGAUUGCAAUGUACUACUCUUAUCUAUAAAUUAAGGCACUUCUGAAUUGAUGAAAGACUAUUUUAGUCUAAAGGUUUUCAGGUUACUUGAAUUUUUUAAACACUGAGCUUUAUUUCUGCUAUUUACCCUUUCUUUUUUGUGCAUCAAGUGUUCAUCAUACUUAAAGCUGUAUCUUGAAACUCUGUGUACUGACUUGCUGUAUUUGCAC